UUGUUGAUGAUGCCACCCGACACACAUGAACAAGAACGGUCGCUUUUGAUUUUUAUUUUGUUCAGGAAAAGUCAGUGGUCCAUCCCCUUACUUCUCUGAAGAGGCUAGGUUAGCUUGCAAACGAUCCUAGCCUGACUCUUCUAUUAUUUUAUUUGGCUCGAUAUUGUUCUGACUCCUCGAAGAAGCAUCCCACGUCUGCAGCAAAGUUCACUUACUGUCCUGUGGGGGGUAGGCGCAGAAUAUUUCCUCAGGGACUUUCCUCUGGGAAAUUUUGAGCAGAAGUCAUGCCAAGUGAGGAGUUAUCCGCCAAUCAACUGGAUGGAUGGAUUGAGCAACUUCGUGAAUGUAAACAAUUAGACGAAAGCCAAGUCCAGCGCAUCUGCGAAAAGGCGAAGGAAAUUCUUUCUCGCGAGUCCAAUGUACAAGAAGUAUCAUGUCCUGUAACCGUUUGCGGGGAUGUGCACGGUCAAUUUCACGACCUCAUGGAGUUGUUUCGUAUAGGCGGCCAGUCUCCCGACACAAACUAUCUCUUCAUGGGGGAUUAUGUUGACAGAGGAUAUUACUCCGUGGAGACAGUGACUUUGCUAGUAGCCUUGAAGGUACGGUUUCCCAACCGUAUUCAUAUAUUGCGUGGCAAUCACGAGAGCCGUCAGAUCACACAGGUCUAUGGCUUUUAUGAUGAGUGUCUGCGCAAGUAUGGCAAUGCGAACGUGUGGCAAUAUUUUACAACUCUGUUUGACUACUUGCCACUCACCGCCCUGGUUGACGGACAGAUAUUCUGUCAACACGGUGGCUUGUCCCCAUCCAUAGACACACUAGAUCACAUCCGAGCACUAGAUCGGCUGCAGGAAGUUCCACAUGAGGGGCCAAUGUGUGACCUUCUGUGGUCAGAUCCCGACGACCGUGGCGGCUGGGGUAUUUCACCGCGUGGUGCAGGCUUCACUUUCGGCCAAGACAUUUCGGAGUCGUUCAACCACACCAACGGUCUGACACUUAUCUCUAGAGCUCACCAGUUGGUGAUGGAGGGAUACAACUGGUGCCAUGACCGCAAUGUUGUCACCAUAUUUAGUGCACCAAACUACUGCUAUAGAUGCGGCAAUCAAGCUGCGAUCAUGGAGCUGGACGAUGGCCUGAAGUAUUCGUUCUUGCAAUUUGAUCCAGCUCCACGCCGCGGCGAGCCACACGUAACAAGACGUACUCCAGACUAUUUCUUGUAGGUGUCUUGUGACUUGUCGUUGGCCUUUAACGAAGCCGGUGAGCUCAUUUCGUUGAGGGGCUGUGUAUUGUUAUUUCUUUCUUUUUCUCGUUGAUCUGUAGUGCCUGCGUGUCUGACAUGUGUCUGUGUGAAUAACGUGUUGUUUGUGUCUCAUUGAUCCGCAUGCUUAUUGACAUCAGCUCUGGAUAAAAAUAAUAAUAUCAAAUCUAAUAUUUUCCGUCCCCUUUUCAUGUAACCAACAUGUAUAUACAUGUACCUGCUUUCCGCGACAUGUCAACAGUGUCUCGCCUUUUCUUAGCGCUAUGUACUUAUAAUACUGUGGGCAUGACACUGUGACUUGUUGUGUUCAUUAGACUCUGCCAUACCAUCAUUGAUUUGGCUGUGAAUAUAGCAUCGUAUAGUUAUCAUGGCGUUUCUUAAUUCCUUUGAGGUGUCUGUGUUUUAGUUCGCCAUGAGUGUUUUCUUUUGUUUUCAAUGCUGGUAUGGUCUGGAUUUCUGAAAGUUUUACUUGCAUAGUUAUCUUGUAUAGCGUAGCAAUGAAUGCCUGUAGUCAUGAAACGAACUCACCAAUCACUUUACAUCAGGCUGUUUUUUUUCUCUGGACGUGCUAUGCAGUAUGUGCUGAUAUUUUUUCUUAUCCGAAGUUGAUCCUCGGUGAGUUGUGUAGAGUGUUGUUGUAUUGCAACAUGCUUUGGUGCGAGCUGAUGGAGAGAGCAAGACGCAAGAGUAGACAAACCUGUAUCUGC